GUUUGCCCUCAGUUUCAGUGACAGGUUGCGAGUAGGACACGGCAGAGAUGGCAAGGAAGGUGAUAUAUCCACUGUACCAGCUGGGUAACCCGCAGCUCCGCGUGUUUCGAACCAACUUUCAGAUGACUUUAGUGAGGCCUGGCAGAGAGCAGCCACCAGACACCGCGCAGUUCCGAAUCCCUCUGGAGAUGACCAAAGCAGAUGUGCAGAAUUACCUCCAGAGUAUUUACAGUGUGCCUGUAGCUACUGUACGCACCCGCAUUCAGUACGGUAGCAACAGGAAAAGGAACCAUUUGAAUCAGCGAGUCAAGCGCCCAGAUUACAAGGUGGCAUACGUGCAGCUGGGCCAAGGGCAGACUUUCCAGUUCCCUGACCUGUUCCCUCAGAAGGACAAGACUCCAGAGUCAGGUACUUUUGAGGAGGUGGAGGAGGAAUUUAUGGAGAACGAGAAGCAGAGACAGAAAAAUGAUCCACGUCGGGGGGGACUGAACGACUGGUUUGGACUUUAGACUUUUGGAUUCAAAUCAGAUGCUCACAAUUUGGGGGAUUUACAUGGCCAGACGCUUCCCUGACCCGACCAGGCCAAGAUGAACAUGCAGCCUGUUGGACUUCUCCGUCCGGUACAAUCUAUGCACAGACUGGCCUCCCCAUGGAUCUGCAGAAGAUUACUCCUUAACCAAUGUAGAACAUUUAUGGGUUGACAGUGGACUUUAUAAACAUAUGAAAUAUCAAUUGAAUUGUUAAAGUCCAAGUGGAAGGGUGGAGAGGAGACCAGCAUUGUCUGUUGGCCUUUAGCAGCAAAACAAAGAGGCAUGUACACAGAUAGCAGUGGAAAUAACAUACCGUAAGGCAAAAUCUACACAACAAACACCAGGGACAUUAUUGCAUAUGUGCCACACUCGCCACCAUUCCCAUUAUCUACACAGGAAUAUCCCUAACACCGUUCCGCUUGUUUUUCCACUGGAGGAAGGCAAAAAUUCAGAAUAAAUGCAUUUAUUUCUUUUGUUUUCUUUAUAAUGAGGGGUGUUUCAUUUUUUUUUAACAUGUAACUACUGUAUAAACUACAGCAAAGAAGCCUCCACAAGCUUUAAUUUAUGGGCCACUUUCUCUUUAUAUUCAGCUAUCCAUAAAGGCUUCUUCCUGG